GGGGUGUGGUUUGGUUUGGAUGGGGUGGGUACGACCGUACGAGGAAGAUGAGCAUUUCGGACCCUUCAUAUUUAUUCUUGAAUUAAAAAAAAAAGAAAAAAAAAGAUAGAUGACAAUAAUCAGUUGAAUAAAAAAUACAUAUAUAAUUUCAUUUUAUUUAUUUAUUUUAGGAAUUGUCUUGAUCUUGAAUGUGUGGAAUAUUUUAAUUUUGUGCAAAUAAAAUUUGGUUCUUAUGUAUCAUUAGGGAAAUUUAUUUUAUCAUUUUAAUUUUAUUUCAAAAAUUAUAAUUAUAGAGAAUUAAUUAAUAUUUAUACUGAUUUUGAUUUAUUUGAUUAACUAUUUUGUUUUUCAAAAUCCGCCAUUUUUUAAGAUUUUCCAUUUAUCUUUAUCACAAAAUUUCAGAUCAAAUCAGGACCGUGGGAUCGCUAGAUGUCAGGCCUAGGGUUUAUUUCGGAGGACUCAGUGAGAGCACAGUAGACAAAUUGAAGACUGUGAGGGUCAGAAUCUGCCACGGAGGGAGGGAGAGCAGUGGCCGGAGUCGGAGCCUCUUCACCGCCGCUGUUCUGACGGGAAACUCAUCUUCAUCAUUCUCACCACAGUUUCUCUCACCUCCGGGUUCAUCGUCCAUCGCUGCCGCGGCAGGGCCAUCAUUUCCGGCGACAGUAGCGGCAGGGCAAUCGUCGCUGUCGUUAGGCGUCAAGCGCAAGCACCAUUACACCAGAGUGUGACUUUGCUGCUUUUCUUUCUGAUAAGAGAUGGGCAACGGUCCGGCCCCAUUUUCAGAUAUUGGCAAAAAAACAAGAGACCUCUUGAACAAAGAUUACAAUUUUGAUCACAAGUUUACCCUGUUGAUGCAGAGCCCUGGUGGAAUGGGAGUUACGGCUACAGGUUGGAAGAAGGAUCAAAUCUUUUUUGGUGAUGUUAGCACCUUGUACAAGAGUGGAAAUACUACUGUUGAUCUGAAACUUGAUACCCAUUCUAAUGUGUCUACAAAAGUGACUGCCCAUGAUAUCUUGCCAUGUACCAAAGUAGCAUGUAGCUUCAAAAUUCCUGACCACAAAUCUGGCAAGCUGGAUGUGCAGUACCUUCAUCCUCAUGCUGCAAUUGAUUCCAGUAUUGGCUUGAACCCAACCCCUCUUUUAGAGCUUUCGGCUGCAAUUGGCAGCAAGGAUCUCAGUUUGGGUGGUGAAGUUGGAUUGAAUACUGCUUCUGCUUCAUUCACAAAGUACAAUGCUGGGAUUGGCAUUAACAAGCCUGAUUUUUCAGUUGCAGUUUUGCUGACGGACAAAGGAGAGACACUGAAGGCAUCUUACAUUCAUUCUGUGAAUCCUCCUUAUGGUGGAACUACAGUUGCUGCUGAGCUGACACACAAAUUUAACACCUACGAGAACAGCUUUACCAUUGGAAGUGCUCAUGUGGUUGAUCCUUACACCAUGGUGAAAACAAGAUUGUCGAACAACGGGAAGUUUGCUAUGCUAUGCCAGAGAGAGUGGAGACCUAAAUCACUGAUAACUGUUUCAGGAGAAUAUGACCCGAAGGCUAACAAUGGAGCUACCAAGUUAGGUCUUGCCCUUGCUCUCAAACCUUGACAUUGGUAACGGCCUUUCUCUUGUUUGAUGCUUUGCAUUGAUUGCUUUGAUCCUUUUACAAUUUUUUCACCCUGAUAUAGGGUUUAUGCUUUACUCGACAUAACGUUGGGAACAAAAUUUUAGUGGCUGUACUGAUGAAUGUGUUUAUGAAGCACUUGUUGGGUAAGUGAGCCCAAUUUUGAAACUUUCCACAUAAAUUAUCAUCACAUCGAAACAUUUUUUCCCUGAA